UUUGCACCUCCUACCUUGCACAUCCAAGCCCCUAAACAAUUUGGAACCAUGAAGUGGGUAACGUUCAUUUCUUGUCUUUUCUUGGUCAGCUUUGCGGAAUCCAAACACUUGCCCAGAAGAUACCGGGAUGUAGAACACGACACCAUCAGCCGUGCUUCUGACCUGUCACCAGUGGAGUUCAAAGCCGUUUCCUUAGUCCUGUACUCUCAGCUCAUGCAGAAAGCCACAUUGGAGGAAGUGAAAAAACUGGUGCAUGAUGUUGAAGAGGUUGCAAAGAAAUGUGCUGCUGAUGCACAGUCAGACCCAGAUUGUGCAAAGUCUUUGCGUACUCUUUUCCUGGAGGAAAUUUGUCAUGAGCAAGGUCUAGCUGAGAAAUAUGGAUUUACUGAAUGCUGUGGUAAAGCUGGUGAGGAAAGAAAAGACUGUUUCCUGUCCCAUAAAAAUGCAUCUCGAGGAUUCAUUCCACCCUUCCAACAACCAUCCGUCGAGGAGGGCUGCACAGCAUAUCAUGAUAACAAAGACCACGUUUUGGAAGAAUACAUCUAUGAGGUUGCCAGAAGGAAUCCUCUUGGAAUGGUUGCUGUAAUUGUCAACGCAGCGCAUGACUAUGACGAUGUACUGGAAACUUGCUGCAAGGCAGAAGACAAGAACGCCUGCUUUGGCGAAAAGGCAACAGCUGUUACACGUCAACUAAAAGAAGCCUUUGGUGUGCAGAAACAGACAUGUAGCAUCCUAAAGAAGUUUGGAACAAAACACAUACUGGCAAUUAAAUUAGCUCAGCUGUCGCAGAAGUUCCCAAAAGCUGAUUUGCCAACUCUUUCAAAGAUUGCUCAUGAUGUUGAACAUGUUCAUGAAGAGUGCUGCAAGGGUGAUACACUGGAGUGUUUGCUUGAUAGGAAACAUGUGACAGAAUACGUCUGUAGCCACCAAGAUACCAUUUCGACGAAAGUGAAGGGUUGCUGUGAGAAACCCCUGCUGGAACGAGGACAAUGCCUUGUCCAUGUAGAAAAUGACGACAAGCCUGCAGAUUUGUCUCCAACAGUCAGGGAGUUUAUAGAGGACAAAGAAGUGUGUCAGCACUACACUCAGGAUAAGGAGGCUCAUCUGUCAAAUUUUCUGUAUCAGUAUGCAAGAAGACAUCGUGAGUUGUCAGUUCAGCUGCUUCUAAGACUCACCCAAGGUUAUGAAAAUUUGCUGGAGAAGUGUUGCCCAACUGAGCAUCCUGAAACGUGCCUUGCUGAAGGGGAACAACAACUCAAAAAACACAUUGCUGAAAGCCUAGCAGUAGUGAAGCAAAACUGUGAAAUGUUUUCAAGAUUAGGAAACUACCUCUUCGAAAAUGAGAUUCUUAUGCGCUAUGUCAAGAAAGCACCCCAACUCACAUUUGAGGAACUGAAAAAGUUUUCAGAGAAACUCACCAGUGUUGCUGGAAAAUGCUGCGGUCUGGAUGAAGCCCACAUACUGCCAUGCGCUGAGGGAUAUACGGAUUUAGUGCUUGGGGCUAUAUGUCGGCGACAUGAGGAACAUCACAUCAACAAACAAGUUUGCGAUUGCUGCAGUGGCCCCUACGCUUUCCGUCGGGAAUGCUUCAGCGGCUUAGGAAUAGAUCCAGAAUACGUUCCUCCCCCAUUCGACCCUGCACUGUUCACCUUCCAUGCAGAUUUGUGCACCGCUAAUCAAGCCGAUCUUGAAAAGAAGAAGCAGAGGUUGCUUGUCAACAUGUAUAAACAAAAGCUCAACAUCUCAGAUGAACAACUUGUAGAAGUGAUUGUGAAGUUCACCACCAUGAAGACAGAAUGCUGCGAAGAAUCCGACCAUGAGCAAUGCUUCACAGCAAAGGGUCCAAAGCUAGUUGAAGACAUUCGUACUGCUUUUGGAGUCAACUAAACAUCCCAGCUGAGCAGUGGAAGAAUGCUACAGAUGAAGUCCAAAUAUGCCCAAGCACCCUUGAUUGAUUGAUUGAUUGAUUGUUACAUGUCAACCUUCUGACUCAAAGGAAAGAAGGAUUUGCUUCUUCCUUAACAACCAUCUUUCAUGAUGGUGUUAACAUUGAGAAUGAAUAAAGUCUUCAAACAAA